UUCAAAAGAACGCCCAAGAAUCACAUUUUCAUCCAUCGAGAAAGCAUAAAUUCUGAUGUUUAACAUACCCAAAUCCCUGUCACUAAUUUUCACUAAAGAAAUUCAGAAAACCAGAUCACUCAGUUUUUUUUCCACAAAAUCGAGUCGUCAUUAUAAUCUGUUCAAAAAGAACGAUGAAGACGAUUAUACAAAGGCAAAAAAACAGAGAAAUCUUAAAGAGAACAAGGAAGAAACUAGAGAAGAAGAAAAGGGACAUAGGAGUAUUCACUUGCACAAAAGUAGAGGUCAGCAUAUUCUUACAAAUCCUAGAGUACUUGAUGCUAUUGUAAGUAAAGCUGAUAUCAAACCCACUGAUACAGUUCUUGAAAUUGGACCUGGUACUGGUAAUCUUACUCUGCGUCUCCUCGAGGUUGCGAAGAAAGUUAUCGCUGUUGAAAUAGAUAAAAGAAUGAUUGAAAUCCUUAAUAAGCGUGUUUCUGAACAUGGGUUUGAAGAUAAAAUCAAUGUUAUAUCUGGGGAUGCAUUGAAGGCUGAGUUUCCUCAAUUCAAUAUCGUUGUUGCAAAUAUCCCCUACGGGAUAUCUUCACCACUUAUAGCUAAACUUGUGUUUGGAGAUUACUCGUUUCGAAGUGCAACACUAUUAUUGCAGAAAGAGUUUGUUCGGAGACUGUUAGCGAAACCAGGUGACUCUGAAUUCAAUCGAUUGGCUGUUAAUGUGAAGCUUGUGGCUGAUGCGAAAUUUGUUAUGGAUGUAAGCAAGAGGGAUUUUGUACCUUGCCCUCGAGUGGAUUCAUCUGUUGUGAAAAUCACUCCGAAAGAUGAAGUUCCGGAUGUUAAUAUGAAUGAGUGGUUGGCUUUUACUAGAGCAUGUUUUAGUAAGAAGAAUAAGACUUUGGGUGCUACAUUUAAGCAGAAGAGGAAGGUUGCUGAAUUGCUGAGAAGAUCACAAUUGAUGAAUGAACGAGAAGAGACUGUGGUUAUUGCUAGUGACAAGGGCGAUACCGAUGAAAGGGUGGAGGAAAUAGAUGAAGAGAAAGAGCAAGAGAGUGAUGUGGAAGAAUAUGUGUCUGAUUCUAGUUUGGGUACAGAGAUGAGUGUGUUCAAGGACAAGAUUGUUGAAGUUCUAAAAGUCGGUGGAUUCGAAGAUAAAAGACCUUCAAAGCUGUCAAAUGAGGAGUUGUUGUGUUUGCUUUCUCUCUUCAAUCGUUCUGGAAUACGUUUUCAUGAUAGUAGACAUGGAAAUGUUGAUCCAGGUGUUGUAUUAGAUGCAUCUUUUUAAAGUUAUACACUAUGACUGGAAUUUCAGUUGCUUGACAUAAAUUCCUGUGAGCUCAUUUAAUAGUCCAAAGGCAUGGAUCCAAACAGGUCCAAAGGCCUAUUUAUUAGCUAACCCAAAUUUUGAUUUAAUGUUUAUUUAGGGUUGUUCACAUGAGUAUGACGUUUGGAGAGGAGAAGUUGUCUCCAAGGAGAAGACGCAAACCGAUGGUAGAAAAUAUGAAGAGGAAGACGAUGAAAAGGAAGGAGCAGACCUUUGUUUUGUGCUAUCCCAACCUCGUUGUUUUUAGAGAUGUUGGCGAAAUCUUGAUGGAAUAUGAGAAAAUCAGUUUGAACGUAGUAAGGAUGAGAUUAGUAUGCGCCACAGCAAAAUUUCUGACGCAAUUCAUCUCCAUGGAAGGUAGAAACAUUUUCCCCGAUAUUGUUCCAGCAGAUUUUUGUACCUAUCCUUCUGUAGCUAUGGUAUUGGAAGGUGACGAGGCUAUUAGUAAAGUUCAUCAGCUUACAUCGGAAACGGAAAGAUUUCCCUUCCGGUGGCCUGCCAUCCGUGCUUACAGCAGUGUUUCGGUUCAUAAUGUGAUAGAAGAUUGUGAAUUGUGGUUUUGUGCUGGCUCUGCUGAUGACUGGAUAGAAGAAGCAACAAAAAGCAAUCAUCUGGCGUGCGCACUCCCUGAUGGCAAAACAUUUGGCCCGGUUGAUGCGGUGGUGGAGAAGUUGCGGGAACAGGAUCUCCUUAGGCGCAGAUACUUUGAGAAAGAGGCUUUAUUCGGGAGUUUUUACAACAAUUUUUACCAUAAAGAUCUGAUUUUCUUCCUAAUCAGGCCUUUGGCUUUCCAAAAGCGGUGUGUGGGUCAACUGCUAUCCAUUAUUGAGAACAUAGGUUUUGGCAUCUUGGGCAUGGAUCUGGUAACAAAAUCCGAAGUUCCAACCAGCGAUGCAUGGCCUUGCUUGUGGAAUGUAUUAACCAUAAGGAAAUACAAAUAAACACUGAGUUGUAGAGAUGCUCGUAUAUUGAUUGACAAAGACGAUGGCACGGUAGAAAUUUGCAGUGACUUAGUUUACAUGGGCAAGCCAGGUGAUAGAAGUAUGAUCGGCCAUUAUUUCAAAUUCGGUACUGUUUCCUGGCUGGAUUCCAGCAGUGGUGCUAGCUGUGGGGGGUUUUUCUUGGCAACCUUGUCGAACCUUCAAUUUUAAGCAUCAUGUGCUCUUAUUCUUGAGUGGAACUGAAAUUGUUAAAUGUUGGGUCUGUUUUUUGUUUGGUUAGGUUGUAUCUAGGGACGCAUUUGAAGGCUGAGUUUCCUCAAUUUGAUAUGGUUGUUGUUGCAAA